GAGCACAGUCAGGCUGUCACGCGCCCGGUUAAAUUGGGCUUCCGGGUAAAACGACAGUCAAAUCAGGGCGGGAGCUGUCAAUCUGAUCGAGCCUGCGAACGCCGAACCCAUGCAGCCGCCAUACAUCGCAGCUGACCAUAUCUCUCUUUCGGACAAGAGGAGUCCACAAAAAAGCUGCGUUGAUCUGGAGGCCCAUAUGGAGAGAAGUGGACCAGUGGGUCGUCUCCACCACUGCCACGCGAGGCAUGCCAAAUACGAGUAUUGUUGGACUCGCGAGAUCACAGGGCCAUCUGGUGCCGGUGCCAUUACCGAUAACAGUCGUGCGCGAGUUCGCGCAACCGGCGAUUACAAGGUGAUGUUUAAUCUUAUUGAGUCAGCUGUCCACUCGGCUCGCCUGACGCAUGUUUACGGCCCGCGAACGAUAGUUUUGACACAAAGGGAUGUAUCAUUAUAGUGUAUAUGCUAU